AGAGAUUAAAUAAAGAGAAGAAUUAGGAUUAAUUGAAUUGCGAGCAAGUAUAACUCGGCUCAGCUCAACUCAAGUGUUUGUUUUGUUUAUCGAGUUGAGGCUGAGGUGAGGCCUUGUUUGCCUGACCCUGACCCUGACCCUGACCCUGACCCGACGAACGACGGAGAAAGAAGAGAGAUUAACCGGGGAAGGGUUUAGGGUUUGGGAGUGGAAGAAUCGAAUCGAAUCGAAUCGAAUUGAGAAUGUCUCUGACGAGCGUGACAAUGUCGGAGGAAGUGUGGUUAAGCUGCGUGACUCAUGCAUUGUCCACUGAGACCGAAGAGAUUAUGGGCCUUCUUCUUGGGGACAUCAAGCAUUCGAAAAACGGGAGUGUGACUGCAUUGAUAUGGGGGGCGUCUCCUCAGACUCGGUCUGAUCGGCGAAAGGAUCGAGUGGAAACCAACCCUGAACAGUUGGCUGCUGCUUCUGCCUUGGCUGAUAGAAUGACCACAUCCACUGGAAGAACAACCAGAGUUAUUGGUUGGUACCAUUCACACCCUCACAUUACAGUUCUCCCUUCCCAUGUUGAUGUGCGGACUCAGGCAAUGUAUCAACUUCUUGAUUCUGGAUUUAUUGGGUUGAUUUUUUCCUGUUACAGUGAAGAUGUAAACAAGGUAGGAAGAAUUCAAGUAAUUGCUUUCCAGUCAUCUGAUGGGAAGCAGAAUCACAGGUCAAGACCUAUACCUCUGUCUCCUGUAAAUAGAAGCCCUGUUAUUGAUAUUGAUUCAUCACCAAGUUCCUCCGAGAAUGUAUCAACAAAGCCUGGUUACUUCGAGGCAGAGAAUGCCGAGCAGGAUACUGGCGAUUCAAGAAGUGUUGUUGUUAGUAAGGAUGGGGGGAGAUCAGACUUGGGGAAUUUCUUUGCUAAUGCUGAUGCCAACUAUCUAGGGAGAGAUAAAAGUGGAGGAAACUACCAUCCCAACAAUUCAGACACCAACAUAGUUGAUGUUGAUCCCAUGGAUAUGUCAGAAAGUAUGCAAGAGGCUAUGCAUCGUUCAAAUUUGGACAUGAGUGGUGCAGAGUUCGUAAGAAAAGAAAUUCCCCUAUAUGUUUUGCCAGCCUUGUCUUUAAUCAACCUUGAUUCACCACUAUCGUCAUACACUGAUCUGCAACAUGUACUAUUUGAAGAGGAACAAAAUGCAUAUAAUCAAGCCAUCUUACAAAAUAUGAGGGAUGGGAAAGUGCAUCCACUGACUUUCAUACACCACACUUCAACUUAUCAGGCUUCCUUGUGCAAGCUGAUUGAAUAUUGUUUAAGUCCUGCAAUAAAUGCACUUCAAGAUCGACUGAGAGAGAAUGAAAUUCGGUUAGCAGUUCUGAGUGAAGAAGCCAAAAGUCUGGAAGCUGAGGCAUAUAGAGGGAGUGAAGCAAGUGUAGGAUCUCCCCGUCGAGUUGCAUCUCCUGUACAUCGAGGAGGUUCCUCUCCUGGUCUGAGAAACUUGCAUGACUCGCCUGAAUCACUCGGUUCUAGGAAUGUAGCAAGUCCUGGUAGCAGGAGCAGAAAAGGAUAUUAAAGUGACACCCCCUCUUUGGGAGUAAUGCUCCAAGCAAUGUAAACGAUGAUGAUGGUUUACGAUGGUUUUGCUAAAAUGGGAUGUUUAAUAUGUAGAAUGUACAUGGAAAUGGUGUUGCCUCAGCAAAGUUUGCUAGUUGAAAAUGAUGCUAAAUUAAGUAUUAUGCUAGUGAGAGUCUAAUAGUGUAGAAAUGGUGGUUUGGUGAUUUCAUUCACUUGGAAGAACACAUUGAAAUGAUCAAAUGGCAUGCACGGUUGGAUUAGAAGCAUGUUAAACAGCCCCCUACUCAUAUGGCCACCGUUUGACCCUGAUCCUUAUGCUAAAGUUAAAGCAGGGUUAGAUGAUGAGGGAGAAAAAAAAAUUGUACACAGAAAUACAGAAUCUUAUACUAUCGCAAUUGCUGCUGCUAUUUUCAACGUGGAAAAGGAUUUUGGUUAAAAAUAAAAUAAAAGAUUAAU